AUGAGGAAAAAGGAUUCUGUUUACAAAGAUGGUUUUAAUUGGUCUAAUGAUUCUCCUGUUACCAUGAUUUUCAUGAGAAAUAGUACAGAAUUGAUUGAACUUUAUUUUGUGUCAGCAGAGACACAAAACUUAUGUCUUGAAUGUGAUGCCAUCAUGACAAAUCAUUCCAUAAAAAAAGUUAAGCUGGAACAGCACCAGAAAUUAAGGCAUCCAUUAUCUGUUGAUAAAGGUAGGGAAUAUUUUGAGAAUAAAAAGAAAAUACAACCAAUCAAACUACCUGACUUUGUAAAGAAGAUAAAUACUGAAAAAGCAAAGACACUCAAACCAAGUUAUUUGGUCUCUGAAAUUAUUGCCAAGGUUGCAGCACCUCAGAUUUAUGGUGAGAAACUUGUUGAUGAUAACACAAUUCAUAACCAAGCUAUCCUUCUGGUCUAUGUCAGAUUUGUCCAUGAAGAUGAUAUAAGGGAAGAAAUGUUAUUCAUUAAAAGUUUGCCUGAAACUACUAAUGGAGAAGAUAUAUUCAAUGAAGUAAUGCAGUAUUUUAAUGAUAAAAAUAUUCCAUUGACUAACUUGAUCGACAUUGCAUCAGAUGGAGCUGCAGCCAUGACUGGAAAAGUGAAAGGCUUUGUUUCUAGAAUGAAAUCAGUUGCUCCUCACAUUUUUGAUAUACAUCGCAUUAUCCACAGACAGCAAUAG